AUGCCACAACACGAGGGCGAAUGUGACCUUGUGGAUGACGCCGUGGAAGGACCAGAUGCGCUUGCCGCACAAAUGGAGGAUUUAGAGCUAGACAAGGAAAAUCUGGCAACUCAUUUGGAUGGCCUGAGGAGCUCCAGCACUGUGAAGCAACACGAGGCACUCAUAGCAUUCAGACAGCUCUUGUCGAUGGAUGGCACCCCUCCAAUUGAUGAGGUCAUUCAACUGGGGGUCGUGUCAAGUUUUGUGGAACUGUUGAAGGAAGGCUCUGAACCAAAACUACAGCUUGAUGCUGCAUGGGCCAUCACAAACAUCUGCUCUGGGACUGAGGUCCAGACCAAGGCAGUGGUGGAGAGCGGUGCAAUUCCACUGCUUAUUGAUCUUCUUGAAAGUCCAUCAGAAGACGUCGUUGAGCAGGCUUUGUGGGGUCUUGGAAAUAUUGCUGGGGACACAGAAGAAAGCCGUAGCAUUCUUCAAAAGCACAAGUUUCUUCGGUCCCUGCUACACCUGCUGAAGGACAGAAAGCUUCCGUUGCCAUGCCUGAGGACCGCAGUGUGGGUUUUAUCGAAUAUGGCUCGAGGUGAAGACAGUAUUUCCAUCGAACUGGUGGAGUCUAGCGUGCCCGCUUUGAAAACGCUGCUUCUGGCAGAAGACGAGGAGGUGCUUCGGGACGCAUGCUUCGCGUGCUCAUACCUCUCCGAUGGACCCAAUGAACGAGUGCAAGCGUUCAUCGACAAUGGCGUUAUUGAAAUUAUCACUGUACUGCUUGGACACAUCAACCCCAGCGUCGUGUACCCCGCCCUUCGGACGAUAGGGAAUGUUGUGUCUGGGACAGACGCACAGACACAGGCCGUUCUGGAUGCUGGGUUUGUGCCGCUGGCGGUCAGAAUCCUGCGGAAGUGCUUAGAGCGCCGCGUGCUCCAAGAGGCAUGCUGGGCGAUAUCGAACGUCACUGCUGGCAACCCGAGGCACAUUCAGGUCGUCAUGGACGAGAAGGCAGUCCCUCUGCUGAUCGAGCUGAUGCGAGUGGGCGGCCCAGGUGUCCGUCGCGAAGCCGCCUGGGCCGUAGGGAACGCCCUGGCGGGCGGCACCGUGGAGCAGGUGCGCGAGAUAGCCACGCAGCAGUGCAUCCGCCACCUGUGCGACUUGCUGUCGUUCGCGGACACCGAAGUUGUGGGCUUGGCGCUGGACGCCCUCCGGAACGCCCUUGCGGUGACCAGCCGUGUGUCUGCCGUCGACGGCGAUCGCGGCCGCCUGGAGGGCGACGACUGCGAGGGCGACAACGACGACUACUUUUGGCUGUACGCGCGCUGGAUAGACCGCGCGGGGGGCCUGACCAAACUGGCGCGCCUUUGGAACCACGCGUCGGGGGCUGUGGCAGAGAAGGCAGCGUGCCUGCUGGGGCUGCUCGUCGACCUGCCACCGCAGGACCUCCCGGAUUUGGAUUUGCUUGAUGACGAGGACGAAGACGUCGAGGGCACCAGUGACGUGGACACGGAGGAGUGGGUGGAGGAGGAGGAGGAGCUGCCUGGGCGAGGGAUCGGCAGGCAGGGUCGGCGGAACAGGGCGCUGUCUGAGGCCAAGGGCGGCGCCUGUGGCCAUGGCGGUGAGGCCGUUGGCGCAGGGAACGCGGUGUAG